CCCUCGUUUUAGUUGCAACUGUUAGCCGGAAUGAAUACAGCCCAGCUCUCGUCCGCCUGACCUAGUGAGAGAACUGUACAUUUUGACACGAUUAAGAUUUGGGCAAUAUUUUGACAGAAUGGGACACGCGCACUGCUGUACUGUGCUCCUUAUAGUAUUCCUUGCGCUACAGCAAGCUGCUGGAUUUUGGCUCUUCGAUGUCUUUCCAUCAAGUUUCAAAACUCAAAACAAAGUGCCAAACAAUAGCACUCCGCCGGUUCUUAUAGUGCCUGGGACUGCAGGAAACCAGCUUGAAGCCAAGAUUGACAAGCCAAGCCGUGUGCAUUGGAUGUGCUACAAAAAGACAGAUGACUUUUUCACACUUUGGAUUGACCUGAAUAUGUUCAUGCCAAUUGGGAUUAACUGUUGGAUUGAUAAUAUAAGAAUUGUAUACAAUAGGACAACUCGCAAGUCAUCCAAUUCUGCCGGGGUGUCUGUGAGAGUGCCUGGUUUUGGACAAACAUAUACUGUUGAGUUCUUGGACAACCACAAGCUGUCAGGUUAUUUUAAUAAUAUGGUUACACAUUUGGUCAACAUGGGAUAUGUCCGCAAUGAGUCUGUCCGAGCAGCACCAUAUGACUUCAGAGUAGCUCCGAACGAGCAGGAGGAAUACUUUGCACGACUGAAGAAGCUGAUUGAGGAUAUGUACGAGAGGGAUCAACAACCACUUUACAUCCUGGGCCAUAGCAUGGGAAGCAAUUAUAUCCUCUACUUCUUAUAUCAGCAGACCCAGGCUUGGAAAGACAAAUACAUCAAAGGCUUCAUUUCACUUGGAGCACCCUGGGGUGGGGCUGUCAAGACCCUUCGAGUACUAGCAUCAGGUGAAAAUCUUGGCAUCCCACUGGUGUCCAACAUCAAGAUCCGGGAGCAGCAGCGGAUGACCACCACAAACCCCUGGAUGCUUCCAUUUGAAGAGGUCUGGCCUACAGACCACGUCUUCAUCUCCACGCCAUUAUUCAACUAUACCCGCCAGGACUACCAGCGCUUCUUUAAAGACAUUGACUUUGAAGAUGGCUGGUUCAUGUGGGAAGACACCAGAAACUUGACAGCUGGUCUGCCCCCUCCUGGUGUUGAGAUGUACUGCUUCUAUGGUGUGGGGCUGCCCACACCGGUUACCUAUAUUUAUGACGACCAGUUCCCAAAUGCAGACCCCAUAGACUAUGUGUAUGCUGAUGGGGAUGAUACAGUGGACAGUCUUAGCCUCGGUCUUUGUAAACGCUGGAGAGGGAAGCAAGCACAGCCUGUCCAUGUCAAGGAAUUCAGGUCUAUGCCCCACAUGGAAAUAGUAUUAAAUAGGAAGGUGAUCAAUGUGGUCCAGAGUAUUCUGGAGGGAAGAUAUGGUGAAGAGGAUUCUACAUUGAUGAACUGAUGAACAUCCCAUUGAUUCCCCACUCAUGCAAGAUCAGGCCCAGCCGGACCAGCCUCCCAAAUCUAUAGUGUAAGCUUUUGGGGAGAAAAUUAUUCACCCUCCCAAUAUACAUACUAUUACUGAUGCCAGUAGGCUAGCUACGGAGGUGGACUUAUACACAAUGUACAACCCACUAGGAACACCUGCUCUUUCCAUGACAGACUGACCAGGUGAAUCCAGCUGAAAGCUAUGAUCUCUUAUUGAUGUUACUUCCAACUUCAAUCAGUGAAGAUGAAGGGGAGGAUACAGGUUAUAGAAUGAUUUUUAAGCCUUGAGAUAAUUACCACCCCAUAAAAUUAUUUGCGCCUCUACCAGAUGGAAACUAAAAGUGUAAUAGCUGUGCUCAAUGUAAUGGCACUUACAAAUGUAGACCCUUCAAACACCCUCAAACAGGGAAACGGAUCCCAAUCAAAGGUGUUAUCAUGUGCUCCACUAAGGCAGUUAUUUGUGUUAUAACUUUUCCUUGUGGUAAAAAUUGUGGGUAAAAGACAGCGCAAAUUAAAAAUAAGAAUCAUGGAGCAUCGUAGCACCAUUAGGUGCAAAAACUAGACGUACCCAGUUGUGGCCCACUUUUUGGAAGCGAACCACUAUUUCGUCCCUUCGUGAAAUCGCCAUCGAACAUGUCACCCUCCCAAGAAGAGGGGGUGACCUCAAAAGAGAGGCCGCCUGGAUCUUUCAUUUAAAGACCCCCUCUCUCUUGCUCCCUUCUGUAUCAAUGUAGACUUUGAUCUGAAGCCAUUCUUGUGAUUGAUUUUCCUAUUCAUUGUAAAUAUUUAUAGGCCUAUGUAGACAAAUUGUAUCUAUGACUGUAUGUUAUUCAUUCAUGCUUUUUACAUGUUCUAUUUAUAUCUGUAAAUCAACCAAUGAAAUCAAGCCACACCCAGCCAUGAUUAGACACCUGUGUGUCCUUUGAAACUAUAUAAACUAGUGAACCGCGGUGUUUGUCAUUAUACCCUGAUGAAAACAGCUUGUCUGUCGAAACGUUGGUUAUUAAAGUAUUGCAUCUGAACUCCUA